GCCUGUAACCCCUGAGAACAUCUUCAAUGGCGGUAGAAUACGAAUCCUCGGGGUGCCCCUUGUUGGGGAUGGAUGGGAAAGAUUCAUCCGUGAUUCUAUAAAAAUCGCAAUCGGCAAGAAAAUGAUUGCACGCUUCCCCAACUUUCCGAUCUACCUCUGGAGAGAUACGAUUACAAAUUGCAGGAAUCACAUACUGAAAACCCUAAAAGUUUUUCGCUUCGAAGAUGCUUUUAUCAAAAUCUAUCCAAAAGGCAAAGGAAUCUGCCCAAGUGACCUCAUUUUGACCUACGCUUACUACUUCGAGCAUGACCGCUACUCUUGGCACAUAGAUGUCGAAAAGAAAUCCCUGGCAAAAUACAACCAACGCCGAGUGCCUGCUGGAUUCGAAAUCAGAAGGAAUGAAACAGAACCUGGAUUUCUACAAGUCACAACACACAAGUCAUACAUUUUCAUGUUUCGAGGCUUCUGCAUCGCAAAGCGGUACGUGGGCACACUUCCUGCUAACUGCAAGAUGUACGAAAACACUACCAACUUCCAACACUUCAACGCCAUUCACGACCACCUCAAGACGUGGUGUGCUCCCGGCAGAGGACGGGCAAAGUGUGCCCAACUUAUUGAAUCACACUAUCAGAACUUCGCCAGGUAUUACCGAUCAGGAAUGAUGGACCUGGACCUUCAACGUGUGUAUGCUGUAGAAGAAGCAGCGAAGAGGGAGAAUAUUUCGUGCCCGACAGUUUUUAGAUUCUAAUAAGCUAUUUCUGGUCUUGCUAAUUUGAUGACUGGAUAUUAGGGUAAGAGGGGAAAGUUUUUUUUGCGAAGUUAAAUUUGUUAAUUAUCGAUUCGAAAAAACCUUCAAAGUAUACUGAAGUUGUGUCCCAGUUAACUUUAUUUUCUACUUUUGUUUGAUUACUUCAAAGAGUACUUUACUGCCUUUUUUGUUUGUAUGCUAAUGAGUAUUUCCGUAUUUAAGAGCAAAACUGUGAUGUUAUCCGGAGAAGAACAGAGCCUUCAUAUUACAACAGCUUGUACACUAAAAGUCCUGCAGUUUUUUACAUUUGGCGGACUUAAUUUUCUCUUCGUUGCUAAUUCAUGGUUGUUCUCAGAAAUGUGUAAAUUAAUUCUGGGUUCGAAAUUUGGACAGAAAAACCUAUGCACUGAACUAUGUCUUCCCUGAAUGUCAUCAAAUCAACAGCACCCUUUCAGUUGUCAAGGAAAGUAUGGAUUUCAGAAGUUCUGAAAAAAAUGAUUUUUUCCCAAAAAUUAAAAAAAUGCACUUUUCCCUGGACUUGUCCAAAUAUGAAUAUAAAACAGUCUCCAAAAAUGAAGAAGCAAACAAAGGUGCAAAAAACGUAGGCUACAUUCUAACUUUACUAAGAUACAGGUCAUAAAAGACUUUUAAUAUUUUAUUUUUUAGUUCAAUGUUUGUUUGGAUUUCGCUUUUCAUUUAGAUAAUAGGGCUCAGCCUUACCAGCUCUGUAAAAUCUUUCUCCCCUUUCCUUCCCGACAAUAAUUCUGGAAGCCAUUUUUAAAACAUGGUACAACCCAUGAACUUGAAUAUUGUUCGGCAGAGCGAUGUUCGCUUGUACUACGAACGCCCUAUAUAAUCCAUAGAUCUUACGCAAGAUUAAACUACAAAUCCUUCAAUUUAA